CGAGAGAAAGAGCACGGCCGUAAUCAUUGCUUCUCCUGUUGCUGCUCGAUAUCACUUAAUUAAUGCUAACUUCAACCAGCUGGUCCCGCCGACGGUACGGCGGAGCUGCAAGGUUACGAAUGUGACGCCAAGGCCCGAGAGAGCCAUACACACGUGCUCCACACAUGUGUGAGGUGAAUGAGCUCCUUUUAUUAUUAUAAAUACAGAGGCCGCAUGCCGUCGUACGAAAAGCUACGGAGACCACCAGCACCGUUACCGUAGUCGUCAUCAUCUAGCUAGACUAGGCCGCGUGUAUAUGCAUCAGCAUCAGCCGUACCGGUAGCGGCUUGGCAUGGCCAAUGAAUGAAUCAUAUGGUGGUUACCCCGGCGCCUUAUACGCCGCAUUCCACGUUCCGUAGAGCAGCAGCAGUCAGACUCUCCAAUAUUUAUGAGCCUAGAUCGAUUGUUUACCUUUCCCGUCAUCGACGUCGACACUCGCUCGUUCUCUACCUCUACGCUCGCAUAGGUUAAAAUAUGGGCCAAUCACGACGAGGAAGCACCCGCCAUCCACAUGGGAAGAAAUUAUACCAUGGUUUAAGCAGGUUUUUGCACACCUGUUAUUUCAUCAGACGGUUGAAAGGAUUCCCCUCGGGGCGCACAAUUGAUGAGUUUUCCGAAACGGCGAAAAAAACGGCAUUGCACAUCGGGUCGCCCUUGUCGGUCGACGAAAACGAAAACAAAACAAUCAUAAAUGGGCAGAACCGCUCACCCCACUACGAAACGCUCCUUGGCUGGCAACAUCCGGAGCGCAAGGGGAGGGAGCGAAGGUAGUCAUAAAAAUAAUAAAUAAAAAGGAUUCAAGGCCAUCAUUGCCGUGCUUCUUUCCAUCUCCCCACACACGUCUAACUUUCACUGAUUUCUUUCCGUCUGCGACGCAUACUGCCGCCGCCGACUGCGAUGAAUGGGAUGCGAUGCUAACCUCUUCUUGCUCCGCUCAGAUGAGUUUCCGGAACGCCGAGGGGACGACGACGGUGGGACAAUAUACCGCGUGUCAUGUUGACGAUACGAUGACGAAAGCACGAGCAAACGAUGACGAAAGGACCCAACAAGCGAUCCACCACCCCAGAGCAACGGCAGGAGGAAUCCCUUUUUAUUAUACAUGCCGUUUCUCGCCGCCACCAUACGCUACGGUAUCGGUUGCCUUCCCUUGCGCGUCAGCUGAGCGCCUCGCCCCGUCCCCAAGACUAUGUUUUCAAUCAAAAAUUUUCAAGCAGGAUUGCGGCGGGAAUCGCCGACAAGAGCGCGCAGUCAGUCUGCCGAAAUGUGAUUGAUGCCAGACCCAUCCGAGACGGCGGCGACGGCAACGUCUUCGAUCAUAGUGUGCCAUGUUUGCAUUUCAAUGAUACAUACACCGCCGCCGCCUGCUCAGCAGUCAGCAGCAGUCCCAAUAUCGAGUCACAGGGGGGUUUUCCGUUGCAUCGCUGAUGGCCAUCUCUACGAUCGAACAGACGACAACGGCGCGGGUAUGCUAAUAAAUUUGCAAUGAUGGGUAUCCAAGCGGCAGCUAGCAGCAGCAAUAACAAGCGCAAGUACGAAGAUACGAGUGCCACCACAACCCAAGACAAUGAAACCAGUAUCAACCCAGCGGCAGAAAUCAGCUCCGUUGGGCCAUCCUCGGCGGCUGAGCAUCAGAACGCCGCCAAUGGGCAACCGGCACCCUCGGACGAUGGAGUGAGUCCGUGCAAGAGCCCACGACUGGAACAACCAGCCGCAGAGCUAAAUGAAUCCACAGUGGAACUCAAUAGUUCGGAAGAAUUAUCAACCAUUAGCAGUAGCACCAUCACAGUGACGUCAACAGCGGCAUCGACCGUAGCAACUAGCAGUAGCUGCAUCAGUAUAACAACAUCCACCUUAGCAGCGUCCCCGCUCAUCUCCGGUGCACCAACAACGAUAGCCCCCAUCAACAGUCCAUUGUUGUUGCCUCCAGCGCCACCCGCCGAAGACAGCAUAGCCAAGCUGGAAGCGGUAGCCGUUCCCGGCGAAACGGGAUGGAAUUGUGAUCCGAUCGUUGAUCCAAUCAGUAAACUACAAGCUGUAGCCGUACCGGGCGAAACGUGGGGAUCGGACAGCACCAGGUCAACGCUGGCGACGACUCUGUUGGCCGCGGAUGAUCUAGAUGACGAUGAUGAUGACUUCGAGGAUGACUUCGAUGAUGAUGAAACGAUAUUGCCUAGCUACUCGCCCAUUCGUUAUCCAUGUUCACCUAACCGAGGAUACAUGCCGGCGUAUCCAAAGCCAGGUUACUUCCCGGAACCGUACCAGAAUUGCUCCCGUAUGAACGCGGCCAACAAUGGCGCCCAACAGUAUUCUAAUCGCGGGUACGGAUGGAGCCAACAUGGCUACUACUCUCCUCCAUAUGAAGCGCCAUCCUCGCAGCAAACGAUAAGAUGUGCGGAAAAUGGAAAAUCCUACUUCGAGUUGGGUAGUGCCAACUACAGCAACGUAAACCAGUUCGGUGCUCAAGCGCGGCAUCUAAAACGAUGCUGCGAUGGACGCAAUAUGUCGUGCAAUAACAAGCAAUGCUACAAGGAACGACGCUUGAAGAUGAUGAACCUAUCCAUGUUCAAACUUGCCAGGUUCCGGCAGGCUUCCGAUCAAUCCCUGUACCGAUCGGUCCUUAUCUGCAAUACUCUCAAAUCCAUUGAGCGAGAAAUUGACAACGAGAACAAAGAGUUCAGCCAUCAACAGCACAUGCAGCAACAGCAUCCCCAUCUAUACCAUGCGCCUCCUCCUCCACCUCCGCAUCAUCUACAUCAUCCUCACCCUCCGCCCCAACAACCGCCACCACUACCGCAAGCCCAAAGCGAGUAUGGCCCACUGUAUAAUGGCAUCAACAGUCGGAUAGGUGGGUCCGACAAGCAGCAAGCUUCUAAGUUUAGUGAUAUUAGCAAUAACGGCAGCAGUAACUACAGUAGACUUCAAGGCAGCAAUACAACGACUCAGUCGACACCUAGUUACGGACCGAAUGCAUCCGAGCAGCAAACUACGACUAUCACUACGCAAUUAUCGCCCUACGACCAGCAAACGCCACCACAGCAGCAUCACCUCAGUCCCAUGACGACCGCAUCCACAACGACGCUUCCGGCGUCAAGUCCCCAUCACAAUCACCCAUUGAAGGAUCCACAAUCAGGUCGGGCGACUCCCUUUCCGUCUACUAACGGCAGCAGCAGCUCUCUCACCAACGGUUAUCACGACGGUGAUUCCGGCUUCGGCGACGACGACUGUACCCGCCCAAUCAACUGGGGCUCGGUACUAAGCCUAUCCUCGCAAUCCGCGCUCGAUCCGUUGAACAACAACGACCUCUUUGUAACUUCACCGAGCGUAGCGGUUAGCGUCGUCAACGACAGCCAUCACACAGCCAACGUGACGGUACUAGCGAGUAACGAUAAUUGUGAUAGUAGCUCUAGUUUAGCAUUAAGUCAAUCCGGGUCGUCUUCGUCCUGUCUCUCCGGCAGCGACGGUAGCUCGAUUAGCAGUGUAAGCAAUAGUGAUAGCAGCAGUGACAGCAAUCAUACGACAGACAGUACCAUCCCUGCCAGCAGUUCCUCCGGAUCGAAUUCCUCCAGUACAACCACUCUCACCUCCUUAACUACCCUAACGACGACCAGUCAUUGUGAUCUUAACCUUACAACCCUUACCACGUCUCCUUCCCCGCUUCUCUCGUCCUGUGCGUCGGCACUUCAGUACCAUUCCAGUACCAAUGGUUCCAACUGGGACCUCGCAUAUCUGGACAUGGACAUGGACGAAAUGUUUCCCAACUGCUACAAGAUAACUUCGUUCAACUCGGAAGUUGACAUGCUGGGACUCAAAUCGCCCAUGUUAGAACCGAGCAAAGUGGUCUGUGAUAACGAUAUGGAUUCCUUUACGACUCACAUCAUGGUUGGGAGUUAGUAUUAAGCCCCCAUCUUUGCAGCAGUAGGGUUGUCAAGUCUUCUCCGAUGCACUCUCCACCGAGUUAUGGGAAAAGACUUGACAAGGCGCGCUCUCUCGCUCAAAACCUGAUCCCACCACCAACCAUAACACACAAACCCAAAUCUCCACACUAGAAUCAAGAGUUUUAAGUGUCGCGCCAUGUCCAUUCUCAGGUUGUGAAGGCUGUGUUAUACUCAUUAGUUUCCGUUACGUUAAUAAUGACCAAUAUUAAUAAAAAUGUCAAGAAAUCAAUCAAACAAUCGAAUAGCUUUCUCUACUUUAGUUCAGUGUUGAUCUUAUGUUCAAAACCGAUGAGUUAACUACCGCCCUUCUCCGGUUUCCCUCUUCCAAGUUACAAAAGUCCCCAAUCCAGUCCUGGAGGAACACACUACCAGUUCAAAUCUUAAACGUACAAAUGACGACGAAACAAACCCGACAAAUGCGCAAAACGCUACAAAUGUUACAAAAAAACUGCUUCUGUCACUAUUGGUUCCUUAUUAGGGUUAGAACAACAAACAGGACAACUUGCAGAACGGUCACAAUUAAGAGGAAACAAAUUAGAUUUACAAUCGCAGUACAUAUUAGUAAUGGUAGUUGUAAUAGACGUACAGUAGCAGUGAACAAAUUUGAUCAAGCAAAACAACAAUAGUAACAAGGAAUUGUACAACCACGCAGUUUCCGUUCCACAUUUGUCAAAGACGGAGGAGGAUCGUUGGAGUGACUCCGUUUUAUCCUUGUCAGUUUCAGGACGAAGAUCUGGGAAAAAAUGUUGAGAAAUUUUCCUCAAUCUUCGCUCUGAUGCUCACCCAUUCAAACAUAAUCAAACGUGGAAUUGACCACGAGUGCCAUACAGUAACUAUGUUCCAUUGAAAAUAACUUCCUUAAAACGGACUUUCUUCAACGAUUUUCCUCAAAUACAAAAAUCCUAUUCACUUCCAGUUGAAACAGUGUGGAAGAAUACCCUCGCGCACAUUGGAAUAUCUCUAGAACAACAUCUACUCAUAGUCGGUGCUGAUCUUUCCUUAUUCAAUUUCCCCUUGAUUACUUUCUGCAUCGUUAUUUGAUUCAGCUACACUUAUACAACCACACUCAAAUUCACAUACAUUCCACUUGUCACUGGUUCUAGUUGACAUUCAGAUUACUCAAUUGAUUCGACGGUGAUCUUUUGUUUUAGUGUCAGUUCCAAAGUGCGAUGGCGGUAUUCUUUCGCCAUCAAGGAUAUGUGUCACAGCAGUAAAAAACAGAAGGUCAAUUCAAAACAUUUCUCCGGGUUCGACAAAACGCUGUCCUUAAUAAGUAAUUGGGUAGCUUGAUUUCUCAAAGAAAUUCCGUAAGACAUUGAAUUUUCCUGUCUGAAAACCCAAACUCUAGGGGAGGGAAAGUUUCUGUCUGUAUAUGCAAGCAUAGACCAGGCAGCCCGCAAAAGCAAAUCGUACCAAAUCUAGUCCUUUGUCAAUCUUUAAAUCAAAUUUUACAAGGGUUAAUUUUUAUUUCUAUGAUUACUUCUUAUCUACUUUCUUUUCGGGAAAACUAUUCAAUCUUGAGGGAACGACUAUUUGUGUAAAUAAGAAAUGUGUUUGGCAGAGAUUUGGAUUAUCUAGCGAAAAAGAACAAAACCCCUUAACAACAUCGGUGUUUUUUCGGGAAGAAAACAACCAAACGGCGCAGAUGAACAAAAAAAUCGAACAAAAUUGUACUAUAAGAGAUUAUAUAUACCUAAUUAAUAUAUUGGAAAUAAUACAACAAAAUAACACAAUUAA